CAAAGUGUGACUACCGCAAGCAGUUCGCAACCGGCGCGACCGGCGUCCCGCGGUGGGCAAGGUGUCGGUGACCCACACCACCACCACCACCAUGUCCUUUCGCUGGUGGACGGGCACGGUUGGGUGGUGGGCGGCUCGCAGGACCACCGCCAGCGGCACUCGCCUGUCGCAGGGCAGCUGAGCGCUGUCGUGCGACAGGCGCAUUGUUGCGUGCGGCAGAAUGCCGCACCAUCGCUCGGUGGGGACAGUGAGUGUGUGCAGUUCGGGGCCGGUGAACGGCGGAGCAAAACGACGCCUCGGGAGCGUAGGUCAGGGACGGCGGGCAGGCGAUCGGCAGUGCGGGUGGCGUCGGUCGUAUGGAUUGUGCUGUCGCAGCUCAUUCACGUCGGCAGCAUCGCGGCAUCCCAAGCGCUCGAUGCUGACCCGGGCAACAGUAACGCCAGUAACGCCGGUAACGCUUACGGAAAUCGGUUCGGCCGUUUGCUGCUCAACGGUACGCGCUCGGUGGGAGGAGCGGGGCCGUCGUUGCUCGGUGCCAGCACUACCGUCCUCACCACCGAGCCGGCACCGUUCGAUAGAGGGGUGGCGUUUGCCGCUGCUGCUGCUGAUGGGACCGCUUCCGCUGGCUUUAACGAUUCCAGCGAAAUGCCCCAAAUUCCGGAGUACAUCCGGGCGACGUCGAUGGUGUUCUGUAUCAUUAUCAUGUGUCUCGGCGUUAUCGGCAACGUUAUGGUCCCGAUUGUCAUACUCAAGACGAAGGAUAUGCGCAACUCGACCAACAUCUUCCUCACCAAUCUAAGCAUCGCCGAUCUGCUCGUUCUGCUCGUCUGCACACCGACCGUGCUGGUGGAGGUCAACUCGCCGCCCGAGGUUUGGGUGCUCGGGGAGGAAAUGUGCAAGGCGGUACCGUUCGUGGAACUGACGGUGGCACACGCGAGUGUCCUCACGAUUCUGGCGAUAUCGUUCGAGCGCUACUACGCCAUCUGCGAGCCGCUCAAGGCCGGGUACGUCUGCACGAAGACGCGCGCCCUGCUAAUCUGCCUUGCGGCGUGGACUGUCGCCGCCAUCCUGACGAGUCCGAUCCUAUUCUUUGCCGAGUACAGCGUGCAGCCGUACCUGGACGGUAGCCGGGCGGCCAUGUGUCUGACGAAAGCGUCCAACGGCUGGACGUUCACCUUCUUCCUGAUGACGAUCUCGCUGUUCUUCGUGCUGCCGCUGGCCAUACUGGUCGUGCUGUACGCGAUCAUUGCCCGCAAUCUGAUCGCGAGCGACCGGUCGCGGCUCAAGAUCCGGCUCAGCAAGCCCGAGCUAAGCCACAAGGCCCGCAAGCAGGUGGUGCUGAUGCUGGGCGCGGUCGUGCUCGCCUUCUUCACCUGCCUGCUGCCGUUCCGCGUGCUGACGCUCUGGAUCAUACUCGUGCCGGAGGAAACGUUCCAACAGCUAGCGCCCGAGCGGUACUACAACCUGCUGUACUUUAGCCGCAUCAUGCUCUACCUCAACUCGGCCGUCAACCCGAUCCUCUACAACCUGAUGUCGUCCAAAUUUCGGAAAGGAUUUCUGCGGCUGUGCAGCUGCUCGCAGUGGGCGGGCGGAGCGCACGGUCGCCGCAAGGGCCGCAACCGGUCGGCCACCUUUACCACUACCACCACCACCACCACCAACACGACGUCGAGCUCCACGUACGGGGGUACGGGUCCGUCGCUCGCGCUGGACAGUUGCCGAUACGACCGCAGCAGCAACAGUGCCGAGGACGGUCCAAUCGGGCGGAACAAUGGGACGCAAAAGCUCACAUUAUCGCUGGACGAUUUGCGCCUGCAGCUGCCGGCGGAUGGCGACUGCUCAACACCACCAUCGCUUCCCGCACCCUCCUCCUUCUACCGCCUCAAUCUGGUGCGCCAGUACUCGAGCCCGCUGCUGCUGUUCUCGUCCUCGCCCGCACCGACCACCCAUCGCCCCACCAGUGCGUCCUGCCAUCGGGGCGGCGCAUUUAAGCGCCAGUUUAACGUGACCUUCGACGAACCGACCGGCGACGGUGGCGGCAGUCUGCUAGCGUCCGCCGAAGCCGAACAGCUUCUCCUGCGUAUCGACCAGCAGCAGCAGCAGCAGCAGCCCGAACCACGCAGCCAACCGUUGCGCAAUGCGCUGCGGAUCAAGUUUCCCCGCUUUCACGGUGCAGCGGCGCGCACCCGAUCGGCGGCGGGCGGGAAGCGCCGAAGCGACAGCAAUGGGCGGACGGCCGCAACCGUAAAGCAGCUGUCGCUGGACGAAACUUUACUGACGGCGGCGAUGGCGGGGCGAAAAUCUCCAUACCCUCCCCCUUCCGGUAGCCCAAUCCUGAUGAUCUCGUCGUACGAGUACGUGGAGUACAUCGAUGGCAACAUGGUGGCGGCCUGCCUGUCCCCGGUCGACAGCUUCUGGCCGGCGUCCUUCUUCGUCGGCAGCAUUGUGCUGUUCUUCAUCGUGCCGCUGCUCAUACUGGUCGUGCUGUACUCGGUGAUUGCGAAAAACCUGAUGGAAAAUCCGACCAUCAUCAUGUCCAGUGCGUCCAGCGGCAACCGGGGGAACGUGUACAAGUACCGCAAGCAGGUGAUCUUCAUGCUCGGUGCCGUGGUAGUGAGCUUCUUCGUCUGCCUGCUGCCGUUCCGGGCGCUCACGCUGUGGAUCAUCAUUGUGCCGAGCGAGGCGAUCGUAUCGAUCGGCAUCGAGCGGUUCUACAUACUGCUGUACUUUUGCCGCAUCAUGCUGUACAUGAACUCGGCGAUCAAUCCGAUCCUGUACAAUCUGAUGUCGUCCAAGUUCCGGAACGGGUUUCUGCAGCUGCUCGGCUGCGGCAAGAUCGUCCGCUCGGACAGCAUCUCGAGCGGGGGGACGCGCAAGGGCGGCGGCACGUUCCAUACGGGAUCGACCAACUUGAGCAGCUCGCUCGGGACGAGCCAGCGGAAGGGCGGCCAGCGGGAGGAGAGCAGCAGCAGCACCAGCAGUAGCAGCCUUCGGCGACCGACGGUACAGUUCCAGCAUCCGCCGGUGAGCGACGAGUGGCACCCGGGGCAGGGUGUACUGAGGCGUCACAGCAGCAUCAUAUCGAUACGGGGAGCCACAGUGCCGGCUGUGGCCGGGAAUGGAAAGUCGCACGACAGUGCAGUCCCGCCGCCGUUGUCGGUGCGCGCAAAUGGUAAUAAGAUUGUCGAGGAGGAGGAGGUGGCAGGGGAUGGCUGUCUGCAACAGGCACUUGCAGCAGUAGAACCACCAACACCACCACCACCACCACCACCACUGCCAAACAGUAACGGUUUCCAUAGGUUUAAGGAUAGGGUUAGGAUAGUCGGUUCGCGCCAGUCGUACCGGGCAAGGUUAGAUUUUCACCACUACCGCACCGGUGGGUAUGUGGGGCACGGGCAACUCACUGCCACUACUACCACCACCAACAAGAACACUGCCACAACCGAGGAAGAGGAGUCCACCGACGUUGCCGCCCGACCGGAAGACGAGCCACCGCGCCGAAGCAAUGACAAUAAUCGAUUUUCUCUACUGCAUGCCGCUACGGCGGCACUUGCGACGGCAACUACUGCGGCUACCGCGACAGCGGUCAUGGUGAUCGUGGCGGCCAGCGGGUCGGUCGAUCUGGUCGAUGAGUCCACCGAUCGCGAGCGUCCCGGGGAGCGGUUCCAGCCGGUGGACCAAACGGAUUGGACGGGGAGGGAAGCAGAACGAAAUAAUGGAAAGGAAUCGCCUGCACUAGCGGCGUCGUGCAUAGCACCGUCGCCCUGUGCUGUUGGUUCAAUGGAAUGUGAUAUUUAGCUCCUGGAGCAACGGAAAAUUGCACUGGUUUACGGAGGAGUGAGUGAGUGCAGUUGCAAACUGUACGAACUUUGUAGCAAUCGGACUCGAAGAGACAAGCGAACGUUAUGAACGUUUUCAAUGCUUUACUAUGUUUUUUUUUCUUCUUUCCUGUGCAAUUACUGCAAGUGGUCUUGUUAGGGAACGGAAAAGAUUGGAAAAAAGAAACUAAGAACUAAGAGCGCAGUAGAGAGAGGGAUAAAGAGAGAUGGAGAGGUACACGCAAAGCGAACGGAUAUACCAAGUAUUCCUAUGUUGUACAUUCGAAGCUAUUUAUACCGAAACAUACAACACAACACAGAUCAGUAGCAUGUAGACAAACAGAGAGAGAGAGAGAGUGGAAAAAACGGUGGACGAACAUUUUAUGUGUAAAACUUUAUCCCAAAAUAAAGCAAAAAAAAUACACACUCUGAUGGAGGAUUCAUAAAAAAGGGCAGUUCCAAAAGUUUCAUUUGUUCCAAGGGGGA